AGUGAUUUCAGUGUUUACACAGUUUCAAACACCAUCUGGACGAAGGGUAAAAAUGUGGUUAAGCGACACGCAAAAAAUUGGCAUUGCCCUAGUCGCCUUUGGUAUCUUCUUUCAGUUCCUCGGUAUCAUCCUCCUGUUCGAUGGACCGUUACUAGCGCUGGGCAAUAUCCUCUUCUUAUCCGGUCUACCGCUUAUCAUUGGUCCUACCAAGACAUUCUACUUCUUCUCUAGGAGAGAGAAAUGGAGAGGGACACUCUGUUUCUUCGGGGGAAUCUUGCUGGUAUUUAUCAAGUGGCCAGUCACAGGUAUCUGCGUUGAGUUCAUCGGGUUCGUCGGCUUGUUCGGCUCCUUCUUCCCUGUCAUUCUUCAAGCGUUGAGGCAGACUCCCAUCAUCGGAACUUUCUUGUCCCUACCGUACAUCCGGCAGGCAGCCGAUAAGCUAGCGGGGGUCCGGCAAAGUGCAGUCUGAUAGGCGAUGAGAUGCGAAACCAUCAGCUUCCGCUGACCGAGCUCUGACGGUCGAUCGCACAGAAGAGGCCGACAGACUGGUCCGUAGUAUGCCACAGCACAAA